AUGGGACCAUGGGAUGGGCUCUCAGCUGGCACGGUCAGCGUUGCCCAUCUGCACCCCCUACGUAUCACCCUCGCACUGUCCCUUGUAUCCGCACUCCUGUCAUGUGCGCACGAGGAGGUGGAGGUGCAACUACCAGGCGGAUGGGUGACGAGUGCGAGGAUCAGGUGCGCAGGGUACAGAGAGCGAGUGGAAUGGGGAGCGGGGAGCAGGGAGCAGGGAGUAGGGAGCGGGGUACGGGGAGCAGGGAGCAGGGAGUAG